AUUCAUGAAAUAAAGAUCCCGAUCCACUUCUGUCACAUGAAACCACAUGCUGUUUACGGUACUAGACGUGCAGAAUAUAUAAAUCAGAGCCGUUCUCAUCGACAAACAAGCGCGUUUCUGUAUCUUCUCGACUCCUGAUACGGAUUUAGACGGACUGAAUCAUCCUCCGCGGACUGUUUUGUCUGUCAAGGGAGCUAAAUGUCGAUUGAAAAACAAAGUGUGUCUGAGGAAAACCUUCAGGGUUCCUGGGUGGAGCUGCAUUUUAAUAAUGGAGGUGGCAGCACUCCUAAAGGAGCUUCUGAGGAACAGUCUGCCAGCACCGCCCCAAGCGGAGACCUGGAGAAGAUGCUGAUGGAUGCUCAGCACGAGUCGGGCAGGAGCAGCUCCAGAGGAAGCCUGCCAUGUGACAGUCCUCCAAGAUCGCACUUGCGCAGAGGCUCUGAGGUCCACAGCUCUGGAGGAAAGAACAGCUCACAGUCAGAGGAAGACUAUUUGGAGAGGAGAAAAGAGGUGGAGAUCCUGAUGAAGAAAAAUGCAGACUGGAUCUGGGACUGGUCGAGUCGACCGGAAAACCUGCCGCCCAAGGAGUUUGUGCUGAGACACCCGAAGCGUUCCAGCACCCUCAGCAUGAGGAACACCAGUGUGAUGAAGAAGGGAGGAAUCUUCUCCGCAGAAUUCCUCAAGGUUUUCCUGCCCUCUCUUGUUCUUUCGCACAUCCUUGCUGUGGGUCUCGGGGUGUACAUCGGAAGGCGCAUUACUACUUCUGGCACCUUCUGAGGGAGCAGGAGAGACAAGAAACAAGACAAAUCUCAUAUAUGCACAUCCACCAUUUUCAGCUGCUUUGUCGUGAAUCAGCGCUUGUGUAGACGCAGAUAGGACGAGGUCACGUUUGACGUUUCAUUUCACUGCCUCGCUUCCCCCUUGUGUAUUCCACUGGCCUUUCCCAUAAUGCCUGUCCAUUCCAGGGCUAUCGGCACGGGGAAGGCCAUGCUAGACUUAUAUGGGCACGUCAGAUAGACUAAGAUGUCAUGCAUCCUCUUCAUUUUGUAUUUACUCAUACCAAGACUACUGAGAAUAUAAUGAGAGGAUCAUGAAAUAAGGGAUGAGAGAGGGGAAAUUAAAGUGCGGGUUCUCCAGUGUAACUGCAGACUGUGAAUUGGGAAGAGAUUUAACCAUAUCAAAACAGGGAUUGUAUGUAUAUCUUACGGUAUAUCUCAACAUUUGAUGAUAUAACAAUAUAGGACUUGUUUUACCUUGUCACCAUUUCUAUGUAUCUUGAGGUAGUUUCUGCAUUUAUGACGUUUCAGACACCAAAAACAGACUUUUGCUUUGGGAAUCAAGCUGUUCACAGUAUUAUACAAUUUAAGCAAUGGUCUUUACAGCCAAAACGUGGAGUACCAUAUCAACACUUUUCUGAAUGUUAUUGAAAUCUCUAAUGUCCAAUAUAAGCUGAGAAAUUGUUGAAUCAAGUUCCUCACCUGAACUGAGAUCACAGAUGUUCUUUGUCUUUCUGAAGGGUCCGGGUUUCAGCCCAGAGAUUGCCUUAAAUAAAACUGUUAAUGAAUCAGGCAAGGAGUUCAAGGGAAAUUGUGUAAAUCUGUGCAUGUUUUGUAGUGUUUAAGAAAUGUAUUCAGUGUGUGUGUAAAUUUCACAGUGGUUUUGUAUCAAUAAAUAAAUGUCUGCCAACUGUAACAUCUCUCCUGGAUUCUGUCUUCAUGUUACAGGAUACUUGUGUACAUAUUUUCAAAAUAUAUACUGUAUGUGGGUAUAUCUAUAUACCCACAUUAUGUAAACAAAAACUUGUUUUGGGUGCGAUUAAUUGUUUCACAGCACCAAUUUUUUUAUAUUGGAAUAAUAUUUCAAAAUAUUAACUGCAUAUUUGAUCAAACAAACUCAAAUACUCAUACAGACUUCUUUCAAAAAAAGUUUUCUUAGUUUAUCAUUACAUAUAGACACAUACUUAAAUAGAAGGCAAUGUAUAAACCGUAUUUACGGCACAAUAAAAAAAAAAUGUGACCCAGGACCACAAAACCAGUCUUAAGUCACUGGAGUUACUUGUAGGGGUCAAAUUGAAUGGGAUAACGACAAAAAUCAUUAGCAUAUUAAGUAAAGAUCAUGUUCCAUGAAGAUAUUUUGUAAAUUUCCUACCGUUAAUAUAUCAAAACCUAAUUUUUUAUCAGUAAUAUGCAUUGCUAAGCACUUCAUUUGUUCAACUCCAAAGGUGAAUUUCUCAGUAUUUUGGAUUUUUUUGCACCCUCAGAUUCCAGAUUUUCAAAUAAAGUUGUAUCUCGGCAAAAUACAGUCUUCAGAAACAACCCAUACAUCAAUGGAAAACUUAUUGAUUCAGCUUUCAGAUGAUGUAUAAAUCUCAAUUUAGAGAAAUUUACCCUUAUGGCUGGUUUUGUGGUUCAGGGUCACAUAUAUACUACUUCUCCAUUCCAAAAACCAAAUUUGCUAAGGUCACCUGAAAUCGUUUGAAGAAGUGUUGGGCAGGGUGUCGAUUCAGAUAAACACAAUUAAAAUUUUAUUUAACUUUGGUCAAAAAUAAUCAAACAAGUGUACACUUUCACAAUGUUAGCAUCAUCAUCAUUUAACAAGGAACAAGGUCUGGGAGUACGUAUCCGACCUGUCAGUUCCCAGAUUUAAAGAGCGUCACAAUCAGCUAGAACAACAACAACUUUGUAUUUGUCAACCGUUAAGUUACGUUUGUCAUUUUGACAUCAUUUUUGCAGCCGCAUGUCAAAAUUCAGCAGCGCACAAACUGUAUGUUGUCAAAGGUUUCUUUAAACCUCAUUCUGAUGUGGUUUUGAUUUGAGUGUUUCGCGACAGUCGUCACCGACAUCUCGUAUAUUAGUGUCCAAAUACUAAGCCUCACAAACCGUAGCAGCACAUGAACAGACAAAUGGAGUGCUAAAAUAAAAAAAUAAUGCAUGUCAAAGGUAGCUGGGCAUCAUAUGGGCGACAGGUUUUUGAGAUCAUGUAGUCCUCAAGGUUACCGGUUGAGGACUGUUAUAGGACUAACAGACAGACUUAAGGCGGUAGAAUCCCUUUACGAAGUAAAAAAAAACAAAACAAAAAACAAAUACGUAAAAUGAAAACUCUUAAGUGAAAUAGACAGCAAUACUGAUGCAUUUCAUGGCCAAUGUCCUCAAUCAAACAGUGCAACUGCAAAUUCAAGUAGUACAAUAUGGAGAUUUGCUUCCCAGCUGAACAUUAUGAGGGAAUUGUGUUUUCAGACUUUUUUUUUUUUUUUUUUUGACUCAGCCGACCUACAAGCUAAUGUUGCAUUCAUAAAGUUAAAAAAAAAAAAAAAAUUUGGGCCAAUUUGUUUUCGUCGAAAGUCAUUUCAAUCACCAAUUUUUUUUUAUUUUUUUAUGGUAAUCCCCAAUAAUGCUGCAGAUUUGGGUUUGGCAGGAUGAUUUCACAUUUUACCCACUUGCGCUCCAGAUCUACAUAUGCAGAUUACAUGCAAAUACAGAACGUAAAAAUCAUACAUACCUGCUCAUAACGUGAAAACGCUUUCUCUUUGUAGUUACGUUACUUUUAUUAAGUGGUUCGACACCAGAUGGUGUGAUAUAUAGAUACAGUCAGUGAGUAGAUAUUAUUAUGCAUGAGAAAACAAGAAAAA